AUGGGGUUAACAUGGUCAUUAGAAAUUGUGAAAUCUAGUUAUCAUGUUAAUACAGGUGAAUUUGAUAAUUUUGAAACAUCUAAUUCAGCUUCAUCUGAUGAUAGUAGUAGUAAUGAUAGUUCAUCUGAAAAUGGUAAUGACAAGGAUGAUUCAGAUUCUGGGGAAUCAACAUUGAAUCCUGAAUUUGUUGAACUCACAUCAAUGAUGAAAACUUCAUUGAAUCAAGAAAACAGAAUCAAUAACUUAAAUUGUACUAAGAUAAAAAUAAAUAACAAGUUGAAUGUUGCAGCAAAUCAUAAUUCAUGUCCUAUGUCAUUAGAACAAUUUUUGGGUGGUGGAGAAAAAGAAGAAAAUGAUGAUGAAAAUGGUUCCUCAUCAUAA